AAGUUUUGGGAGGAGUCUGCUGCCUUCUGCACAGUCCUGUCAUACAGUCCUCUUGUUCUCUGGCGUACGCUGUCAGACAUUCAGGUGCUACAUACUGUAGGACAGAGGUUCAAGGACUGCAGGGAAGAGAGCAAGGAAACAAAGUGGCACCAUGUUUAAAGGGCAGAGCAAGUCGCCUACCAAGUCGCCUACCAAGUCGCCUACCAAGUCGCCUACCAAAUCGCCUUCGAAGUUUGGCAAGGCGACUGCCAAUGAACUGGCCUUGCUAAUCUCCCGCAUGCAGAAAAAUGCUGACCAAGUGGAAAGGAACAUCUUGGAGACUCACCAGAAAAUGAAGCAGGAUGCUGGUAAUUAUGCACUGAAGAAAUCAUUUCAGCAUCAACAGGAGAAUGCCAAGAACUUAAAGGAAUCUGAACUUCUGCUGAAGGAUCUUUUUCUGGAUGUGGACAAAGCCAAGAAAUAUGGACACCCUCAGGCAGAGGAGAUAGAAAAGGACAUUCGCCAUCUGCAUGAGCGUCUAAGUGCUGAGUGUGCAGAGUACAGAGACGUGUAUGAGACAUACAACAUUGCACCCCCUGAACCCAAAGUCAACUGGCCACAGAUCCUGGACACCAAGAAGAAUCAAUUAGACCAAGGCCAGUAUGGUCCCAGUAUUGCAGAGGUGGAACGUCAGAUUGCAGAACACAAUAUACUGCAAAGAGAGAUUGACGAAUAUGGAAUAGAAAUUCAAAACCUGCCACAGGAGAAUGCUCCCAUCAAGAACCAGUAUCGCAGUUUGCAGGAAGAUGCAACAUGGCGGGGUCGCCACCUGAGCAGUCUGUAUAAUCACCUGCAUGGCUGUACAAAGAAACUGAUGUACCUGACUGAAGAACAGAACAAGAUAACUAAACAGGAUUGGAGUGAUCAAAAUCCUGAUCUGCCCGGUAUCCGAAGGCAGUAUGAGCUUUUUAAGGGAGAGGAAUUGCUGCCUCAGGAGGAGGAAGUGAAUACUAUGCUGGAUGAUGGGGACAGGAUGAUUGAACUCAAACACCCAGCUUCUGCCUGCAUCCAGGCUCAUGAUGAGGCCCUGAAAGGAGAGUGGCAGAAUUUUCUAAAUCUGUGCAUCUGUCAGGAGAACCAUCUGAAGAAUGCGGAGGACUACAAAAAGUUUCAUGAUGAUGCAGAUUCUGCAGCCCAAAUCCUAAAAGAUGUCAAUAAAAACCUUGACACUAAAUACAACCAGCCGAACACACAGACUCCAGGAGUGUUAUCUGAGCUACUACUGCAGAUGGACAAGGAGGACAAGCAGCUGGCACAGGCUGAGAAGACGUUGUCUGAACUCAAACAAAAAGCACCAGAAAUUGUCCCCAUCAAACAGAGGAGGCUAAGACCAAAACAGGCCGUUAAUGUGGACACGCUCUGUGACUGGGAUUCUGGAGAGGUUCAGUUAAACAAAGGACAGGUGUGCACGCUGAAAGAUAAUAGCCAGAGGGAGAACUGGUCGGUGCAGACCCCUGGGAGUACGAGUAUCAAGGAUGUUCCAUCAGCCUGUUUCCUGAUCCCUCCUCCAGAUCCAGAAUCUCUGGAAAGGGUAAAGAGGUUAGAAGCAGAGCUGAGUGAUACCAAAAGGAAAAAGGCUGCAGUGCAAAAUGUUCUGAAUUCAAGCAACCGGGAACCUGCGAGAUCCAGCAAACUUGCUCCUGUGGGCGGAACUCCUGUUCCACCAGUCCGAACAUCAAGUGCUCCAGGCGAAGACCCUCAGGGAACACAGAUUCUCAACAAGCUUAACAAAAUCCAUGGAGACUUGCAAGACACAGAGCAGGAUAUCCUGACAAGGGUGCGAGCCCCUGUGAACCGAUCUUCACCAAGCCAAGAUCUAAAAGGGAGGCUGAAGGACCAGGAGGGAACCGCUCAGCGCAUCCAAAGUAUUACAGCAGAGAAAGACGCUGCUAAAAGAGAGUGUGAAAACUUUCUUGCCAAGAGACCAACAGGAUCUGCAGCAGCUCAACUCCCAACCACAUUAACAAAUGUUAACAACAAGUACAACGAUGUGAAGGUCCUUUCAACACUCUACGGAGAGGAAGCAAAAGCAUCCCUAAACUUGGAGAAUCAGAUCUGCAUGACUGGGGACAUGAUCAAAGAGUUUGAAAGUUUCCUGGCACAAGACGGGGCUUUACCUGCCACUCCCAAUUGCAUCGCGGAGCGCACAAGUCAGAUUCAAAAAAUGAAGAGAGACCUUGUCGACAAACAGGACAAUCUUCUGAAGCUAAACAGGAGCUUAAAGGACACAGAAAUGGCCUGCAGCUCCCUACAAAGCAACACCCAGGAACAUAUUCCUGACCUGCCACAGCAGCGCCUCCAGGUUCAGAAACUCAAUGACAGAUACCAUGCUAUAGCUGACCAGCUGGAUCAAAGAGAAAAGUUGCUCAGAGACUCCAACCUACCAUAUCAGCAGUUCAAAUCUUCUAGUGAAAACUUGGACACUUGGCUAAAAGGCCUUCCACGCAACCAGAUGACUGCAUCAGAUAGUCCUAGUCAGGCCAAUUACAAGCUACAAAGCCAGAAGAGGCUUAUAGAGGACAUUCAGAGAAAGGAACCAGAGAAGAACAAUAUUCUGAAGCUUUCCAAUGACCUGGCCAAUACUCUAAAUGAUUAUGACACUCAGGCUGACAGGUACUGCUCCACCCUGGACAGCUCCAUUGUCUCUGCUGCCAAGAAGCCAAAAGUCAACACUCUCCAGGAAAGCAUUGAUAAUCAGAAAAAAGAUUUGGUGAAGCGCUACACGGAGGCAGCAGUGGAGAGCAAGCAGCAGCUGAAACAAAUGGAAUUUGCCAAAAACAUUUUAGACAAGUCAGAUACUCAUGAUGGUGUUCAGCUAUCAGUACAGCAAAAUCUACGUUCAGAGAACACUCGGAGAUCAGUCAAGGAAUCAGAGAAUUUGUCAAAGGAACUAGAAGAGGAGAAAAUUAAGGUGGCCCAGGUACAGCAAAUGUUGGAAGAGAACAGGAGGAAAAUCUUUCUGCUAAAGACACAAAGACCAGUAGAGAGACUGGAGGAAAAGGAAAUGGUACAGUACUACAGAGAGCCUAAGCUGGAAAGUGAACUUGCAACUAUGAAAUCCCAAGCUGACAAUGCUUACAAAGCAAGAGAAAAUACUCAGGCUGAGAUAGACAUGGUGAGUAAAAAAUUGGUGACUUUGGAAAGCCAGAGGAAAAGCAUCAAACCUCAACUGCUGACCAAAGAAGUUACAGAAAUAGAAAAAGACCCAAAUCUAGAGUCACAGGCGCAGACAUUGAGAAAUGAGAUUAAACACUUCAAGGAAGAGAACAAUUCCCUUUCACUGGAGUUAGAACGCUUGAAAAUGGAAGUGCUAGUACUUGAACAGAAGCAACCUAAUGUGAAGGAAAAAGUUGUACUAAAAGAAGUAGUCAAGCUAGAAAGAGACCCUGAGAUGUUAAAGGCAACAAAGGCGUUGCAAUUACAGAUUGACGAUGAGACAUUCCGCAGAAGGUCUCUGCAGCAAAAUAUUGUGAAAAUGAGGAGCAGAACAGAGGAGUUAGAGAAACUGAUUGAGUCAGUUGAGCCUAAGGUCAUAGUAAAAGAAGUAAAGAAGGUAGAGCAAGACCCUGAAACACUGAAAGAGGCAGCCAGGCUGAAAACUUCAAUAGAAGAAGAAAGAAACAAAAGCAUAAUCCUCACUCGAGAAUUAUCUGAAUUGCAGUCCAAGUAUGUGGUGGUGGAGAAACAGAAGCCAAAGGUGGAGAUUAAAGAAAGGGUCAAUGAGGUGUACGUAGUACAACCAGAAACUGAAAAGGAAAUUGCUCGGUUAAGGGUUGCUCUCCAGGAGGUCACAUCCAAAAAAUCUCUCUAUGAGAAACAACUGCAAACUACCCAAAAUGAAUCGUAUAUGUUGAAGUCACAAAAACCAGUGGUAGAAUAUAAGGAAAUUGUCCAAGAAGUAGUUAAGUUGGAAAAGAGCCCAGAAGUGAUGAAUGAAAUAAACAGAUUGAGGGGACAACUGAAAGAUCUGGAGUCCACCAACACUAGGCACCUAGAACAGAAAGCUAAGUUGUCCAAAGAGAGAGACGACUGGAAGAAAGAAAGGUCAAAAAUAGAGACAAAGGUAGUGAACAAAGAGGUUGUUAAAUAUGAAAGUGACCCUGUGCUGAUCAGAGAAGCACAACGUCUGCAACAAGAAGUACGUGAUGAAUCUCAAAGAAGGAGGGAAAUGGAGAGCUUAGUAUACGACUUACAAAGCAAGUACAUCUUGUUAGAGAGAAGAAAACCAGAAGAGAGAGUUGUGGUCCAAGAGGUUGUCCAUGUACAGAAAGAUCCCAAGAUAGCAGAAGAUCACAAUCGCCUGAGCAGGACACUAGACGAAGAGGUCAGCAACAGGCGUCGCUUGGAGCGCGAGGUGGAACAAUUGCGUUCUCUUGUAGAUGAAAAAGAGAGGCUGCUGAAUUUCCAGGAAGAAAGGGAUAAGAAACUUGCAGCAGAAAAAGAACUGCGACAGAUAACUUUGAGAAUUAAGGAGAUUGAGGAAAGCCCUCCACCCGUGCAGGAAAAGAUUCUUAUGGAGGAAGUGGUGAAGGUGGAAAAGGACCCAAUUUUGGAAAAAUCAGCAGCUUCCCUGCGCAAUGACCUGGAUAAAGAAAGAACACAGAUGCUAAACACUGAAAGAGAAUGUAAAAAUCUGCAAAUGAAGAUAGAAAUCCUACAAAGAGAAAAAUCUCUGGAAAAAACUAUCUACAAAGAAGUCAUCAGAGUGGAGAAGGAUAAGGUACUGGAAGGUGAAAGGGCCAGACUGCGAGAGCUUUGUAUCAAAGAGAGGAACGCCAGACAGGACAUGGAAGAUGAGUCCAGAAGACUUAAAGAAAAGAUUGAUAGGAUGGCUGUAAUGAAAAAGACAUGGUCCAAAGAAGAAGAUGAUCUUCAGAGAGCCAGAUCUCAAGGACAGCAAGAGAAGUCAGCAAUAGAAAAGGAGUUAUUGGAACUAAGAAGACAACAGCAGCAGAAGAGUGUGUUUUUGAGCAAAGAAUCUGAACUUCUUACACAAAAGGCGCAGAAUGACCGCCAGAAGCGGACGCAGUUGGGUCAAGAACUGUCCCUUUUGGAAUCCAAAAUUCUUAAGGAAAAGGACAACAUAUAUGAAAAGGAAAGGACCAUUAGGGACUUGCAGUCCAGGGCCAAUCGCGAAGAACGCAAUCAAGAGACGCAAAUGAGAGAGACCAAUGUAUCCACAAAAAUUUCUAUCCUGGAUCCCGAUACUGGGAAAGAAAUGUCACCAUAUGAAGCGUACAAGAGAGGCAUUAUAGACCGCAAUCAGUAUAUUCAAUUGCAAGAAUUAGAGUGUGACUGGGAGGAGAUUUCUACAAUGGGAUCUAGUGGUGAAAUUUCUGUCUUGUUAGACAAGAAGAGUGGGAAGCAGUAUUCCAUUGAAGAUGCUCUAAGGAGCAGAAAAAUCACCAAAGAGGAAUUACAAAUGUACAGAGAUGGCAAAAUUCCCAUUUCAGAAUUUGCCCUUCUUGUAGCUGGUGAAAAGCCCCAGACCAACUCCAUUGGAUCCAUAAUUGGAUCCAAGUCUCCAUUGACUUCCCCUAGUAGCCAAUCCCAAACACGCAGUUUUUUCACCCAAAGUGCACCACCUAAAACAUUCCACGAUGAUACCUUUCCCAUUGCUGGGAUCUAUGACACUACUAUAGACAGCAAGUGCACAGUGAGGAGUGCAGUAACACGAAAAUUAAUAGACCCAGCAACGGGUCAAAAGCUUUUGGAAGCUCAAGCAGCUACAGGCGGCAUCAUUGAAAUAGUUAGCAAAGAGAGGUAUUCUGUAAAUAAAGCCAUAGACAGAGGGGUUAUUGACAGCAGUAAUCCACAAAACUUAUUCAGUGCCCAAAAGGCUUUCACAGGUGUGGAGGACCCCAUGACUAAGAAACGGCUGUCCGUAGGAGAAGCUGUGCAGAAGGGACUUAUGGCCAAGGAAGCAGCUUUGCCAUACCUGGUGGUCCAACACCUUACUGGUGGCUUGAUUGAUACCAAAAAGACCGGGAGAAUUCAACUGUCAGAUGCAGUAGAGCAAGGUAUGAUCACCAGCGAUCUGGCUACUCAGAUACAGGAUGAGUCAAAAUAUGAAAGGAAUAUAAUUGAUCCUCUUACCAAAGAGAAAGUGAAUUACAAAGAAGCCAUGGCACGAUGCCGAAAAGACCCAGUAAGUGGCCUUCUGCUACUGCAAGUGGCAUCGGAGGGCUAUCAGCCUGCAGUUUACCGUCCUGUCAAUAACAUACCAUCUUUAACUUCUUACAAAUACUAGUGGGAAAGCUUUAUUGUAAUGUUUCCACUCUGCUUCUUCUGUGUCUCUGUAAUCUGUUGAUAUUAUAAAACGAUGAUAUUGUUCUUAUGGGCAAUGGUAAUAUUAUAUCUGUGGUGUAUAUUCAUUGUCUUCUGUCUGUCAAUAAAUUGGAAAACAG